AUGCCGCGGAUAAAGCUCAAUUUUAUCACAGGAAACGCACACAAGCUCGCCGAGGUGCAGGCGAUACUUGGCAGUACGGUCGAGGUAAAGAGCCAAACAGUCGACGUCCCUGAGAUUCAAGGGCCUAUAGAAGAUAUUGCGAAGGAAAAAGCCAGGCGCGCCUCCGCAGCAAUCAAUGGCCCUGCUUUGACUGAAGACACGGCGCUAGAAUUUCACGCGCUUAAUGGACUUCCCGGGCCCUACAUCAAAGAAUUCUUCAACGCAUUAGGCAAUGAAGGCUUGAACAGAAUGCUGGAUGGCUUCAAUGACAGAACGGCCGAAUCGGUGUGUACGCUUGCCUUCUGCAGCAAACCUGGGGCCGAGCCUAUAAUCUUUCAGGGAAGGACUAAGGGCGUUAUCGUGCGGCCAAGAGGCCCGGCAAACUUUGCCUACGACCCGAUCUUUGAGGUUGGAGCAAAGACAUAUGCCGAAAUGGAGAAGGAAGAGAAGAACCGGAUCUCUGAUCGAUACAAGGCCCUGGUAAAGUUCCAGCAGUGGCUGAUCGAGAACCACCAACAGCAGGUGUAA